AUGCCACCCACUAAGCUGCCGGAGUCCGGCAACCCGCUGGUAUUUUUUGAUAUCACUCUAGGAGGAAACCCCCUCGGAAGGAUAACAUUCGAACUCUUCAAAGAUGUAACGCCCAAGACGGCUGAGAACUUCCGGCAGUACUGCACCGGCGAGACCAAGAACAUCCAAGGCAAGCCCCUAGGAUACAAGGGCUCGAAGUUCCACCGCGUGAUCCAAGGCUUCAUGUGCCAAGGGGGAGACUUCCUCAAAGGCGACGGCACCGGCUCAACAUGUAUCUACGGCACAAGGUCCUUCGAAGAUGAGAACUUUACCCUAAAACACACGGAGCCAGGUCUCCUCUCCAUGGCUAACGCCGGGCCCAACACAAACGGAAGCCAAUUCUUCAUCACUACCGUGCCCACCCCUUUCCUGGACAACAAGCACGUCGUGUUCGGCAAGGUCGUCGACGGCAUGGAUGUUGUCAAGAAGAUCGAGAUGACCAAGACCGGACGCAAGGGGAGGGAUGUGCCUGAUAUGGAUGUCGUCAUUGCUGAGUGCGGAGAGAUGUAG